CGUGUAUUUUUUUUUUUUUUAAAUAUGACAUGUAAUUCCAUGAAUUAUUUGUAAUAAUUAAAAAAAGUUCAGGUGUUUUCUCUCUCACAAAAAUAACAGAAGGAAAAAGUGAAGUUUACAAGUGUGGGCUCCACUUCUUUUGUGACAACUCCUAUGUGUGGGCCCCACCUCUCUGCCGCAAUAAUUUCCCAUUGCUAUAUAUGACUAUGACCGAUAGACUCCGAUAGACUCCUAACACUUCACUUCAGACUUCCAUAUAAAAACCCGUCAACCGGCAAACACCAACUCACGCGCCACCACUCGCCACCAUUACAGCAAUGAAACAACGGCGGUACAUCAUCGUUCCAUUUCCAGCACAAGGUCAUAUAAACCCCAGCCUACAGUUCUCGAAGCGCCUCAUCGGAACCGGUGCGGAGGUCGUCUUUGUCAUCCCCAUCUCAGUCCAUAGGCGCAUCAUGAAGAACAAAACUUCCACUUCCACCCCGGACGGCCUAUCUUUCUUCCUCUAUUCCGACAGCUUCGACGACGGUUUCAAGCCCGGUGAUGACCUGCACCGUUACCUGUCCGAGCUCCGCCGUGGCAGUAAACAAGCUGUCUCCGAUCUCAUAAACUCCAGUGCCAAACAUGGCCGUCCCGUCACUUGUGUAUUCUACUCCUUAUGCGUCCAGUGGAUUGCAGAGACAGCCCGUGAACUCCACGUUCCAUCGGCGUUGCUUUGGGUCGAACCGGCUACCUUGUUCUGCAUCUACUACUAUUUCUUCCAUGGCUAUGAAGAUGAAAUCAAGAACAACAUCAACGAUCCUUCAUAUUCCUUAGAAUUACCUGGACUUCCAUUGAAGCUCACUGGUCGUGACCUUCCCUCUCUCAUGGAUGAUACAAAGUCUGAAAAUAAUUGGGUCCAAAUCAACAUGUUUAGAGAGCAGUUCGAAGUGCUUGACAAAGAAACCAAAACUCCAAGAGUGCUUGUGAACAGCUUUGGUGCUUUAGAGCCUGAAGCUUUUGUAUCAAUCGGUGAUAAUCAGGUUAAACUAUUCGGGAUCGGACCGUUGAUUCAGUCCAGUUUCUCGGGUGUAAAAGAUCAUGAAGAUCAAUCCAAGACUUCUUUUAGAGGUGAUCUUUACCAAAUUGACUCAAACGAUAAUUAUAUAGAAUGGAUGAGCUUGAAACCGGAGAGGUCAGUCAUUUAUGUGUCGUUUGGGAGCUUCUACGUGUUGCCAAAGCCACAAAUAGAGGAAAUUGCAGGUGGAUUAUUGGAUUAUGGCCGUCCUUUCUUGUGGGUUAUUACAGAAAGGCAACGCGAAGAAGGAAAGAAAGAAGAAGAUGAGCUAAGUUGCAGAGAGGAAUUGGAGAAGCUUGGGAGGAUAGUUUCAUGGUGUUCUCAGCUGAACGUUUUGUCAAACACUUCAUUGGGUUGUUUUGUGACCCAUUGUGGGUGGAAUUCCACAUUGCAGAGCUUGGUUUGUGGGGUUCCAAUGGUGGCUUUUCCGAGGUGGUUAGACCAAGAAACCAAUGCUAAGCUUAUCGAGGAUGUUUGGAAGACAGGGCUGAGAGUGAAGGCAAAUAAGGAAGGGAUUGUUGAUAGAGAUGAGAUUAAGAGGUGCUUGGAAUUGGUAAUGGGAGAUGAUGAAAUUGGAAGGAAUGCCAAGAAAUGGAAGGAUUUGGAUAGAGAUGCUUUGAAGGCUGGUGGAACUUUUGAUAAGAAUUUCAAGGCGUUUUUGGAUGAGAUAGAUCAGGAGAAAGGUCAUUUUUUAGAUUAAUUAGCUAGGAGUGGCUUUUGUUGAUCAUGAAAAACAAUUGUAGUUUCAGAUUUGAAACCAAUAUUUAAUCUUUAAGAAAAGUGGAAAGAAGUGAAAGAGAGGCUGCGUUUUCAUAUUGGUGGAGUGGUUUGGUUGUACCUCCUCUAUGUGUGGCUAGGAUACAGGAGGUUUAAUAUUAAUUUUUUUGGUCAUGUAGGUUUAAGCAGGUUAAAAAAUCCGUGAGUAAUGCUCAUUUUUUUUUUUUUAUUGAGGGUUUAAAAUUUGUGAUGUACGUUAAAAAAAAAAAUUUGUAUAUCUUUUUUCUGUCAAUAUCGAUCACGAUUAAUUAUAUUAUUAUUAUUAUUA